CCGUUCCCGCCCAGUGCGCGGCGCGGAGCUGAGGGGAGCGGCAGCGGCCAUGGCGGUGAAGGCGCUCAACCCCAAAGCUGAGGUGGCUCGCGCCCAGGCGGCGCUGGCCGUGAACAUCAGCGCGGCCCGCGGGCUGCAGGACGUGCUGAGGACCAACCUGGGCCCCAAGGGCACCAUGAAGAUGCUGGUUUCAGGCGCCGGAGACAUCAAGCUGACCAAAGAUGGCAACGUGCUGCUGCAGGAAAUGCAAAUACAACACCCCACAGCCUCCUUGAUAGCAAAAGUAGCUACAGCACAAGAUGACAUCACUGGAGAUGGCACCACCUCAAACGUCUUGAUCAUUGGAGAGCUCCUAAAGCAGGCAGAUCUCUAUAUUUCUGAGGGCUUGCACCCUAGAAUAGUAGCAGAAGGAUUUGAGAUUGCAAAGGAAAAAGCACUUGAAGUCUUGGAGCAGGUCAAAGUGACCAAGGAAAUGGACAGGGAGACCCUUAUAGAUGUUGCCAGAACAUCCCUCCGGACUAAAGUUCACACUGAACUUGCUGACAUCCUAACAGAGGCUGUAGUAGAUUCUGUUCUGGCAGUCAGAAAACAAGAUGAGCCUAUUGACCUCCACAUGGUAGAGAUUAUGGAGAUGAAACACAAAUCAGAAACUGACACAGCGCUGAUUAGAGGGCUGGUUUUGGAUCAUGGUGCUCGCCAUCCUGACAUGAAGAAAAGAGUGGAAGAUGCCUACGUUCUUACUUGCAACGUAUCUCUAGAAUACGAGAAAACAGAGGUGAGCUCUGGAUUCUUCUACAAAAGUGCAGAAGAGAGAGAGAAGCUAGUAAAAGCAGAAAGAAAGUUCAUUGAAGACAGAGUGAACAAAAUCAUAGACUUGAAAAAAAGAGUCUGUGGUGAUUCAGAUAAAGGAUUUGUUGUGAUCAACCAGAAGGGAAUUGACCCAUUUUCCUUGGAUGCACUUGCGAAAGAGGGAAUAGUUGCUUUGCGCAGAGCUAAAAGGAGGAACAUGGAAAGACUGACCCUGGCAUGUGGUGGUACUGCUAUGAACUCUGUGGAGGAUCUCACCCCUGACUGCCUGGGCCAUGCAGGCCUCGUCUAUGAGUAUACGCUGGGUGAGGAGAAGUACACCUUUAUUGAGAAGUGUGACAACCCCCGCUCCGUUACCCUGUUGAUCAGGGGACCGAAUAAGCACACGCUGACACAAAUCAAGGAUGCAGUAAGAGACGGUCUGCGUGCUGUUAAAAACGCUAUCGAGGAUGGGUGUGUGGUUCCAGGAGCAGGUGCGCUGGAAGUGGCAGUAGCUAACGCACUUGUUAAGCAUAAACCUAAUGUCAAAGGAAGAGCCCAGCUUGGAGUUCAAGCUUUUGCUGAUGCUCUGCUCAUCAUUCCUAAGGUUCUCGCUCAGAACUCUGGUUAUGAUCCCCAGGAAACACUAGUGAAGGUGCAAACAGAACACACAGAAUCAGGGCAGCUCACUGGAGUUGAUUUGAACACUGGUGAGCCAAUGGUAGCUGCAGCAGCUGGAAUCUGGGAUAACUACAAUGUCAAAAAGCAACUGCUUCAUUCAUGCACGGUGAUUGCUAGCAACAUUCUCUUGGUGGAUGAAAUCAUGCGAGCGGGAAUGUCGUCUCUUAAAGGCUGAACUGCAUCUGCGGGCAGGGAUGGAGGUCAGCCCCAGUAGUGCCCCAUGGGAUCUCUUCAGGAAAUCCACCCGAAGGUGCUCUUUUCUUAGCCAUGGUGGAUUUUCCCAGCAACAGAAGUCACUCUGCUGUAAUGAGCAGCACUUUGGUAAACGUGGCCACUCAAAAUGUUAGCAACUAUUCCAAUAUUCGGUUCUAAAAAUCAGUUAUUUAUUUUUGACUUCUCUGAAGUGUACAACUGAAGUUGCUGUCCUUUUUACCCAAUAAACUGUUAUGUUCUGUGCUU